CGCGCACGUAACGCGGCGACGGCCCCGGGCGGUAGUGAGACGUGCGCGCUCCCGAAGCUGGUAGCUGAGCAGCUAUGGCGGAGGGGGGAGGAGAGCUGGUGUCGGUACCGGAACCGGAGAGUCAGAAGAACGAGCUCGGGGAGCUGCUGAAGACUCCGCUGAGGAAGGGAGACGAGUGGUAUCUGGUGGACAGCCGAUGGUUUAAGCAAUGGAAGAAGUAUGUCGGCUACGACUCGUGGGACAUGUACAAUGUCGGGGAGAACAGUCAGUACCCGGGCCCUGUGGAUAAUUCUGGAUUGUUUUCAGAUCCCGAAACUCAGGUAUUAAAGGAACAUCUCAUCGAUGAGCUGGAUUAUAUGCUGCUCCCGAUGGAAGCCUGGAACAAGCUGUUAAACUGGUAUGGGAGCGUCCAGGGACAGCAGCCCAUCGUGCGGAAGGUGGUGGAGCACGGCAUGUUUGUGAAGCAUUGCAAGGUGGAAGUCUAUCUGAUCGAAUUAAAGCUGAGCGAGAACUCCGACCCUGAGAAAAUGGUCAGCCGGCACUUCAGCAAGGCCGAUACCAUAGAAUUUAUAGAGAAAGAGGUGAGGCGCAUCUUUAAUAUUCCUCCUGAGAAAGAGACUCGGCUGUGGAACCGAUAUAUGACGAACACCUAUGAGCAGCUCACCAAACCGGACAACACCGUGCAGGACGCUGGGCUCUACCAGGGGCAGGUGCUGGUCGUAGAACAGAAGAACGCAGAUGGCACGUGGCCUAGACAGGCUCAAUCAAAGUCGAGCACAGCGACGAGUAGAUCCUUCACUACUCCCACCAAAUCGCCAACAAGCAGCUACAUGUCUACUACUGCUUCUUCGUCAUCAUCCUCAUCAUCACCACCAUCCUCAUCCUCCACCAUCACCAAUGGAGACGGCGGCGGUGGCGGCAGCAGCAGCUAUGGCGGGAACAGCAUGGGGAAAGGGGGAUACGGGUCGUCGUCAUCCUACAUGUCGUCGUACAACUACAGGGAGCCUUCCAGCAAGCCUGGCCUGUGUGGGCUCAGUAAUCUUGGCAAUACGUGUUUCAUGAACUCUGCUCUUCAGUGCCUGAGUAACACGCCGCCUCUAACAGAAUACUUUCUGACUGAUGACUACAAGGAGGAAAUCAAUAAGGAGAAUCCACUGGGAAUGAAGGGAGAGAUUGCCAUGGCGUACGCCGAGCUCAUCCGACAGAUCUGGUCCGGAGAACAUUCUUAUGUGGCUCCUCGAAUGUUUAAGACGCAGGUUGGUCGAUUUGCCCCGCAGUUCUCGGGGUACCAGCAGCAGGACUCCCAGGAACUGCUUGCUUUCCUCCUGGACGGCCUCCAUGAAGAUCUAAACCGAGUGAAGAAGAAGCCGUACCUGGAGCUGAAGGACGCAGACGGGCGGCCGGACUCUGUUGUAGCCAAAGAAGCGUGGGACAAUCACCUGCGGAGGAACAACUCUAUCAUCGUAGACAUUUUCCACGGCCUUUUCAAAUCUACGCUGGUGUGCCCGGAAUGCGCCAAAGUCUCGGUGACCUUUGACCCUUUCUGCUAUCUCACCCUCCCUCUCCCUAUGAGGAAAGAUCGAACCAUGGAGGUUUUCCUGGUCCGCGGUGACCCGCAGUGCAAACCCACCCAGUACCGAUUGGUUGUGCCUAAAAUGGGGACAGUCUCUGACCUGUGUGCAGCUCUGUCUAAACUCUCAGACGUUCCUGCAGAAAAUAUGGUGGUGACAGACGUCUACAAUCACCGUUUUCACAAGAUCUUCCAGAUGGAUGAAAUGCUGAGCCACAUCAUGGAGCGAGAUGAUCUUUUUGUGUACGAGGUUAAAUCUUCUCGGAGUGACGACUCGGAAUGGAUCACACUGCCUCUCUGCUUCCGUGAAAGACGUUACCGCCAGAGCACCUCCGCUGGAACCAUCCUGUUUGGGCAGCCCUUGUUGGUCUCUGUGCCCCGCCAGAACCUGACUGCAAAAUUGCUGUAUAAUCUCAUCCUGGAGAGGAUCCAGCGUUAUAUAAAAUCUCCUCUGCCGGAAGAGUUCAUCUGUCUGACCAGUGAGACCUCCACCUGCAACGGCUCCAAUGGAAUCUAUGAAGAUGAUGACAUGGAACACCAGGAAGAGUCUGAGGAGAAGGACGAGUCCCCGGUGGAAUCCAAUGGUCAAUCGGAUGACAGCGUAGGGGAGGAGAGCUCGGGAGAGCAAUGCAGUCCCUGUAAUAAGAUAGCGAAAAAAACGCAGGAAUGUCCCCGGAGGCUUUUCAACUUCAGUCUGGUCAAUUCUUACGCCACCUCUGAAGUGGGCUCCAUGCCGGCGGAGGGUUCCGCUCUGAAACUCAGCUCAUAUUCCACUGUGGCAUUAGACUGGGACAUGGAAGUGAAGAAAUUGUACUAUGAUGACCAGGAGGCCGAGGCCUUCGUAAAACACGAGUCCAUGCUCCAGCUGCAGAAGAAGAAGGUGACGGUGGCCCUCACAGAUUGUAUCCAACUCUUCACCAAGACGGAGACUCUCGGUGAACAUGACCCCUGGUAUUGUCCACAGUGCCGGAAACAUCAGAGGGCCACCAAGAAAUUUGACUUGUGGGCUUUGCCAAAAAUUCUUGUGGUGCACUUAAAACGUUUCUCCUACAACCGUUACUGGAGGGACAAGCUGGAUGCCGUGGUUGAGUUCCCCAUCAGGAAUCUGAUCAUGUCGGACUUUGUCUGCGACCCGACGGCUGACCCCUAUAUUUAUGACCUGGUAGCAGUUUCCAACCACUAUGGCGGCAUGGGGGGAGGACAUUAUACGGCGUAUGCAAAGAACCAGGAUACGGGUCAGUGGUAUUACUUCGAUGACAGCAGUGUGUCUCCGGCCUCUGAAGAUCAGAUUGUGACAAAAGCGGCCUACGUACUGUUCUACCAGCGGCAGGACGGUGCCAGCGUCAAAGCGCCCUCGCCUUUGCCCGCGGCGUCCCUGGGUUCUCCCCCAGCCGACGAAGCUUUAGGGGAGGAGGAGACACAGCAAGACAAUGACUGUAUGGACACCAACUAGAGAACUUUCUGUAGCGCCCCCCCUCCGUUGUCUGGAGUAAUGCAGUGCGUCCGCCCUGAGAUGUACAUACUACCCCCUGAUUACCGUUCCUGGAUCGUCCAACCGGCAUUGAGGGGGGGGGGGAGGGGGCUACUGCUGCCGACAGACAGUACAGAACGGGAGGCCCCUCCCCUGAGGAGGAGGAGGCGGGACUCUAGAGCGGGAGAUGGUCAUGUAUCUGGUUUGGUGCCUGUGUUUAUGCUCAGCAGAGGAAUAUUUCUUUAAUCCUGGCUUUAAUUCUUUAUUUUUUUUUUCCUCCCUCCAUGUUUUUGAUUUGAACACGACGAUGAAUUGAAACACCAGCAGACUAUGAAAAGUUUAUAUUUUUUAAUACAAAGUACUGUAGCGCUCGCUAGAAACAAUGAUCUCGGCUCUUCUUCGGAAACGGCCGCCCGGGAGGGGGAGGGGGAAAAAAACGAUCACUUUUCUGACGCUGCCGAGUUUGAAGUGUGAAUGGCCGAUGCCACGAGAUUGCAAAAGACCGUUAAAUAGCAAAUUUAAAAACUAAAAAAAAAAAAUUAUAUAUAUAUAAAAAAAAAAAAUGCAUCCGCUUAGGAAGCCGGCUUUCUUUUUUUUUUUUGUUCCCGUUUUUUUGGGGGUGGGGCCUAUUUAUUGAUCAGAACAGUAUUUAAAGGCACACGCACAGUGACUUAGACGCAAAGGAAUUGGGUGUGGUAUCUACAGGCGGAAUGGGGGAGCUGAUGGUUCAUUAAACAUGAUCAAAGCCUCCUG